UAGGAUCUUAUCAAAGUUCUUCUCUAGUGGAUAACACAACAUUCUUAUUUCACUCUGCUGAGACUGAUCAAAGGCAUUCUAAAGGAUUUCUACAGCUAUGUUAAAAGACAGCUUCCCUUCCCCGGGCAAAUGCAUGAAGUUAAUUGGGAAAAAAGUCCAUUUACCAGAACUUCUAAGCUGCCCUCAUGAGGUUGGACUGAUGGCCGAGAAGCAGAGGAAGAAUAAAAAAAAGCUCCAAGCGCAACCGAGGGUCUCCAGCUCGGAAGCGGAUUCCAUUUUGUCGGAGAUUCAGCGGAAAGAGCAAGAAUUGCAACUCACCAGAUCACAGGCCUUUGAUUCACCUGGCUUAAAAACUGAAGAGGAACCAUUGGUUGGAAGAAGACGAUCGGCCUCAGCUUCAACAGUGAAGUCAAAUGCCACAUUUCUCAAACAGUUUAAAGACAUUAAUGAAAACGUGAUUGACAGUUUCAAAUGUGCCUUGCAUAAGGAAGUCCCAUACCAUGGCAAGAUGUAUGUGACUGAGAACUAUAUCUGUUUCUACAGCAGCAUUUUAAAAGAGACAAAGCUUGUUGUUCCUGUCGCAUCAGUGAUUUCAUUGAAGAAGCAGAACACGGCCCUUCUCGUCCCCAAUGCCCUGUGUGUCAAGACCGUGGAAGGAGAGAAGCAUCUGUUCGGAUCAUUACGGUCAAGAGAAAUGACAUUUAAAGUUCUGAAGAGCGUUUGCGCCCAUCUGGAGAAUGGAAGUCCCACUAACAGCCCUCAGGUUUCAACAGCUGAAAGCAGCUUUAGUAAGGAUUCCAAAAAUUCACAGGAGUUGAUUCACUCCAGCUUUGAACAAAGUAGCCAAGUCCUGAACACUGCCGUCUGCCAUGAAGAUUCCCCAGAGUCAAUACCAAGUACAGAUGCUGUUGAUGGGACUCUUUGUAAAGAGAACAAAGAACAGGAAGGUCAGCCUGAAGAGGGAACUUCAUGCUAUAUUGGUGAUUCCUGGAACCGGAAAGUAACAAAAAGGACGAAACCAUUUGUUGUAUUUCAUGAAUCGACCACCUUUAACACACUCAUCAUCAUCUAUGUCCUGCUAGUGCUACUGUUGCUAAUUUCUUCAGGCUACAUCGGCUUCAGAAUUGUGGCUCUAGAGGAGCAGCUGAUGUCCAUGGGGGCCUGGCCAGAACUCCAUACACACCAUCAAAAAACAUGAAGCUGGAACAAAUAACUGGCACCAUCCACGUGUUGAAGGACUCCGGUGUGCAUUGACGCUACAGCAGGAUCACAUGAUGUUCACAGCAAGCAUUCCGAGACCAUUGGACGUCACGGGACAAAUUGUUUUUUUUUUUAUUUGUUGUUGAUGUCAUUGUCAAAAAGAAAUCCUUUUCGCGCACGUUUUUAAUCCAGCAAGUUAUAUGUGUCAGUGGUGCCCUCGUAAAAAGGGGGCACUUGUCAGAAGUUAACCACGGUGGCAAAUCCCACUUAUUGAUUCAGCCAUGUUAGUAAAGGUGCAUGGAGUUUGUGUCAGCCUGCUUGAUGGGAUUUGGAGCUGAAUUCAGCAUGUUGUGCUGUUCAGGUGACCUGCACGAUGUAAAAUGAUCCACAGAGAACUAGCACCUGAAGGUAUAACCUUCCUCCUUUCAGGAGGAAGUUCCCAAUCGUAACCUUGAAAAUGUCAUGCUGUGAAAGCUGUUUAGACUUACUACAUGAGCAAUGCAGAGAGAACAGCCCAUGCCUUGCAAUGGUCAGGUGCUGUGCAAGCAGAAGAUAUAAUCCAACUGACUUUUCAUGUUUUAGACAUCAGGCGUUCUAAGUUUUUUUUUAAAUAAGUGAUUCUGGAAUGGUAACACUGGUAGCUGGAAUUUGUGAGAUAAUGAGAGCUGGCUCAAUUUUAUUCUGAUAUGAAAGGAUUGUGUUUUGACAGUGUAAUUUGUGCAGUAUUUAAAUAAAAAAAAAUGAAUAGCUGUGA